AGACUUCAAGAGCAAAUGGACGUUGUCGUUCUCGCUAAGUAGUCCUUCGUAACCGCCAUGUCCGAGGUGGAUUCUACCGCAAGCAUAGCAGCUUCUCGCCAGCUGGAUGACCUUGCUCCAUCCCAGCUGCUGCGCUACCUUCCGGAUUAUCAGGUCGUGGUUUGCACCGCCUGCCAGUAUGCUGUCCAGCCCCAUGGCAUCCUGCGUCAUCUGAAAGACAUCCACCACAUACUUCGUGGCCGCCGCCGCAAGUAUUCUCAUUACGUCGCUAGCCUAUCCCUCAGGGAUCCUAAGGACGUUCUUCCCCCUAACCGCGCGGAUCAGUUCCCCGUCCCAAAUCUACCGGUCGAGCCCGGUCUUCAAUGCUUGUCGCGCGGCUGUUUGUAUUUAUGUGCCUCAGUGAAGCGCAUGCAAUCUCACUGGAGAUCUGAACAUCGACGAAGGGGAGACGAUGGCAGAGACUGGCGUCCGGUUCCCAUACAGACCUUCUUUCGCGGCAAUCUUUUGCGCUACUUCACCAGUCAAACGACGUCCUGUUCUAUUGAGCCAUCCAUGAAUACCCCGCAAUUCAACAACCUUGGAGCAAGUCUAGACUCCAUGGACACUGCUCUCAUGGACUACUAUCUCCGACACACCUAUCAGAGUUUCACCACUAAUGAGGAGACGGAUAAAGUCUGGCGCCUAAUUGUUCCUUGUCUGGCGCAGCAGAAUAGUUUCCUCUUGCAUGGCCUGUUGGCCUGUACAAGCUUGCACCGGGCGUAUAUGAGCCCCGGACGACCAGAUCAGGAGAAGGCAUUCCUUUUGAGAGCAUACCGCCAUCAGGACACUGCCCUUUCGCAGUUUCGGUAUGCGAUCCAGCAUCCCACGGAGGAUAACUGCAACGCCAUCCUAGCUUUCGCAUAUCUGCUAGUGGUAUACUCUUUCGCUGCCGAUCGACCCGAAUGCCCAGAAUCAGUGUGGAGAACAGACUCAUUGUUCUUAGUCGACCACAGCGGCGGCGAAGACGCUGAGCCUGGUAGCAUUCUUCGCAGCUGGCUAUACUUUCUCCGCGCUGGCUGCUCUAUGCUAUGCGAUGUGUGGGAGCAACUGCAAGAGAGCCCUGUCCGAGCGCUAUUGGAGGCUUGGGACAUCGAACUCGGUGAUGACCCAGACCACUCGUGUCUGAAGUGUCUCUUGUCCGUAAUUCCCAAUGAAUCAGCUGCCACUGGUGACAUCGGCAAUACCAGUGAAAGUAAUUCCCCUUGGACAGAAGAGGUGACGGUCAUAUACCGACAAGCUGCCUUUGAACUCAGCCGGUCGUUUGCGUAUGUGCGCGCCCGGCGCGAAUUCCUCACUACCUGGGAUAUUCUCCGAAUAUGGCCCAUGAAGGUGUCGCUAGAAUACAUGUCCCUUCUCCAUCAGGGACAUCCCGGAGCACUGGUUCUGCUGGCACAUUAUUGCAUCUUACUGAAACAGAUGGAGAAACACUGGUACUUUGAAGGGCGCGCGGCUUCGCUAAUCCGCGUCAUUCAGAGACAGCUGACUCCUGGCUGGCACUCCUUCAUCCAGGAGCCAUUGACGAUGGUUCUCGGAUUAGCUGAAGAGGAAAACUCGCAUAGAGGCGAUCGGUCCUCCCAAGCAAGCGUUCUCUCGGGGUAUGCUAUGCCAGAUCUACCAGAUCUGACAUUCUGGUCAUGAGUUGUAUCAUCGUAGCACUCACAAGCGUCACAGAUACUAGCAACGGACUGGCAUCAUGAUACAACACAGAUCAUUCCUUAGAAAAGCUGAUACGGAUAGAGUUGGCCUGGCCUUGAUAUCAGCCUAUUUAUGCUCGUGCGACACAACGAUGCGGGACAUUCAAAUAGCCCAAACCACUCAUGAUCUCUUAUCCUUAGUCCCUGGCACGUGAUAUAGAUGCCAUGUGACUUCAGACUUCACGUGAG